CCAGGCUGAACCCUGUCAGUAAUGUUCAUCUCCUCUCUCCCUCCAUCCCAGGCUGCCUUCCUACCAGGCUAGCCCAGGUCCAGAUGCACCAGAUUUACAAGGAUUUCCUGAGUGGCAGGCAACAGCAGCGAAUGGGAGAUCCGAUAUUGAGUGACGUGACGGGAAAAGGGGGAGCUCGUGGCCAGUGGCGGCGGUGGCGACAGUGGCGACCUGGGGAUCGACCUGGAGGGGCCUGGGCACCGUGCAGAGACCUCUAGAUCCAGCGCGAGGGACCUCCCGCCGGGAUGCCAGGGGAGCAGAUGGACCCUACUGGAAGUCAAUUGGAUUCAGAUUUCUCUCAGCAAGACACUCCUUGCCUGAUAAUAGAAGAUUCCCAGCCUGAAAGCCAGGUUCUGGAAGAAGAUGCAGGUUCUCACUUCAGCGUGCUAUCUCGACACCUUCCUAAUCUGCAGAUGCACAAAGAGAACCCCGGGUUGGAGAUUGUGUCAACUCUGGAACAAGCUCCUGCAGAACAAGGGGACAGUAAUCGCUCGUUUAAUGAACAUCUGAAAGAAAAGAAAGCUGCAGACCCUGUGGAGUCUUCUCAUUUGGGUACGAGUGGUUCCAUCAGUCAGGUCAUUGACCGGUUACCUCAGCCAAACAGGACAAGCAGAUAUAACGGACAAAAGGAAGAGCCAUCAACAGACAGAAGGCUCAGUGCUCUGGGAGUGACAGUAGAAGCUGCUUCUCCCCCAGAGGAGGAGAAGGAAGAAGAAGAGUUGGAGGAGGAGAAGGAAGAGGUGGGAGCAAAGGCUCCCGGUGCUGACACACACCCCCUUGCUGCUGAAGAUUCUGCUUCAUCACAGUUGGGCUUUGGAGUUCUGGAACUGUCCCAGAGCCAGGAUGUUGAAGAACAUACAGUGCCAUAUGAUGUCAACCAAGAGCAUCUGCAGUUGGUAACCACUAACUCGGGUUCUAGCCAGCUGUCUGAUGUGGAUGCGAGCACUGCAAUUAAAUGUGAAGAACAGCCCACUGAAGAUAUCUCCAUGAUAGAACAACCCAGCAAAGAUAUCCCUGGUACAGUGCAGCCCAGUAAAGGUAUCCAGGCAGUAGAAGAACAAAAUCCACCACUCGUAAGGUCUGAAGACCCGCCUUCCAGUCCUCAAGUUUCUGUUGCUGCUGUGGAAACAAAGGAACAGGUACCUGCCCGGGAGCUGCUGGAAGAGGGGCCGCAGGUUCAGCCGUCAUCAGUGCCUGAGGUUUCCUCAACUCAGGAGGACUUGUUUGAGCAGAGCAGUAGAACAGCUUCUGAUGGUUGUUCUACUCCUUCAAGGGAGGAAGGUGGGUGCUCUCCGGUUUCCACACCUGCUACCACCCUGCAGCUCCUGCAGCCCUCUGGUCAGAAGCCCCUCGUUCAGGAGAGCCUUUCCACGAAUUCCUCAGAUCUUGUUGCUCCUUCCCCUGAUGCUUUCCGAUCCACCCCUUUUAUCGUUCCUAGCAGUCCCACAGAGCAAGGAGGGAGAAAAGAUGAGCCCAUGGAUAUGUCAGUGAUACCUGCAGGAGGGGAGCCUUUCCAGAAGCUUCAUGAUGAUGAAGCAAUGGAGAUGGAAAAACCCCUUCUCCCAUCUCAUCCUGCUGUGUCACCGCAAGCAUCAACACCAGUGUCUCAGAGCACGCCAGUUUUCACUCCUGGCUCGCUUCCCAUCCCGUCCCAGCCCGAGUUCUCUCAUGACAUUUUCAUUCCAUCACCAAGUUUGGAAGAACCGUCAGAUGAUGUGAAGAAAGGUGGAGGUUUGCAUAGCUCAUCUCUCACUGUUGAGUGUUCCAAGACUUCAGAGAGUGAACCAAAGAAUUUCACUGAUGACCUUGGGCUCUCCAUGACAGGGGAUUCUUGCAAACUGAUGCUUUCUACAAGUGAGUAUAGUCAGUCCUCAAAGAUGGAGAGCUUGGGUUCUCCCAGGACUGAGGAAGACGGAGAGAACACACAGGUUGAUGAUACUGAAUCUUCGUCUCCAGUUACCAAUUCUAAACUUCCUGCUGAAAGUGAGAAUGUCUUGGUGACUCCAUCACAGGACGACCAGGUAGAAAUGAGUCAGGAUGUAGAUAAAGUAAAAGAGGAUGAAACAGAGGACAGAGGUGACAUUGGUGUUUUAGCUGCUGACUGUAAAGUCAGAGAAGACACGGUUGCUGAAGAUGUUUGCAUCGACCUCACUUGUGAUUCUGGGAGUCAGGCAGUUCCUUCUCCAGCUACCCGCUCGGAGGCCCUUUCCAGUGUCUUAGAUCAGGAGGAAGCUAUGGAAAUUAAAGAACACCAUCCAGAGGAAGGGUUUUCGGGAUCUGAAGUAGAAGAAGUCCCUGAGACUCCCUGUGGAAGUCACAGAGAGGAGCCCAAAGAAGAACCGAUGGAAAAUAUCCCACUGCACCUUUCUCUGACUGAAACUCAGUCUGAGGCAUUGUGUCUGCAGAAGGAAGCCCCCAAAGAGGAAUGCCCAGAAGCUAUGGAAAUUGAAACCAGCGUGAUUAGUAUUGACUCCCCCCAGAAACUGCCAGCACUUGACCAGGAAUUAGAACAUAAGGAUCAGGACACUUGGGAAGAAGGUACUUCUGAGGACUCCAGUGUUGUUAUCGUUGAUGUGAAGGAGCCCUCUCCUCGAGUUGACGUUUCCUGUGAACCUUUGGAGGGAGUGGAGAAAUGCUCAGACUCCCAGUCCUGGGGGGGUGUGGCACCAGAGGAAGAGAAUAGAUUAGAUACUCCAGAGGAGAAGAGUGUAGAGUGUGAUGGAGACUCAAAAGCAGAGGCCACAGAAAAGGACUCUGUAACAGAAGACUCUCCACAACCUCCUUUGCCUUCAGUGAGAGACGAACCUGUCAGACCUGAUCAGGAGACACAGCAGCCCCAAGUUCAAGAGAAAGAGAGCCCAGUGACCAUAGAUGCAGAAGUGGCUGAUGACAAGCAGCUGGGAUCAGACGGCAUAUGCCAGCAGCUUGAGAAGGCCUCUGCCCGUGCCUCACAAAGUUUCUGUGAAAGUUCUAGUGAAACCCCAUUUCAUUUCACUUUGCCUAAAGAAGGUGAUAUUAUCCCACCACUGACUGGCGCAACCCCACCUCUUAUUGGGCACCUAAAAUUGGAGCCCAAGAGACAUAGUACUCCUAUUGGGAUUAGUAACUAUCCAGAAAGCACCAUAGCAACCAGUGACGUCAUGUCUGAAAGCAUGGUGGAGAUCAAUGAUCCUCUACUGGGGAAUGAAAAAGGGGAUUCUGAGUCUGCCCCAGAAAUGGAUGGAAAACUGUCUCUGAAAAUGAAACUGGUUAGUCCUGAGACAGAGGCCAGUGAAGAAUCUUUGCAAUUUAGCCUGGAAAAGCCUACAACUGCUGAGAGAAAAAAUGGAUCUACUGCCAUUGCAGAGCCUGUUGCCAGUCCCCAGAAGCCCGUGCCUGUGUUUGGCUGCAUCUAUGAAGCCCAGCAAGAGAAGGAGGCUCAAAGUGAGGCUCCUCCCUCUGUACCCGCCAGGGCGAAUUUGCUCCAUUUUCCAAGUGCUCAAGAAGAAGACAAAGAAAAACCAGAUGUUACUUCAAAGCUCAGGCAGAGUGAACAGCCUGUGAAGCCUAUUGGGCCUGUCACAGACGAUGCUGCUUCUGAGGACUCUGCCUCUUCCGUUUCCCAGCAGAGGGCCUCACAGGGGUCCUUCAGUCCUGGAGAGGAAGUGAUGGAAACAGACCUGCUGGAAGGACUGGGUGCUAACCAAGACAGACCUAGUAAGAUGUUGAUGGAAAGGCCCACCCAGAGCAACAUCGGUAUCCAGACCGUGGACCAUUCCCUCUGUGCCCCAGAAACUGUCUCCGCAGCAACACAAACUGUGAAGAGUGUGUGUGAGCAGGGGACCAGUACAGUGGAGCAGAACUCUGGGAAACAAGAUGCCACUGUGCAGACAGAGAGGGGUAGUGGAGAGAAAGCCGCCAGUGCUCCUGUGGACGACACAGAGUCCCUCCACAGCCAGGGGGAAGAAGAAUUUGAAAUGCCCCAGCCUCCGCAUGGCCAUGUCUUGCAUCGCCACAUGAGAACCAUUCGAGAAGUCCGUACACUCGUCACCCGUGUCAUCACAGAUGUUUAUUAUGUGGAUGGGACAGAAGUGGAAAGGAAAAUAACAGAGGAGACUGAAGAACCAAUCGUAGAGUGUCAGGAAUGUGAAACAGAAGUUUCCCCUUCACAGACUGGAGGUUCCUCUGGGGACCUGGGGGACAUCAGCUCCUUCUCCUCCAAAGCUUCCAGCUCACACCACACAUCCAGUGGAACAAGUCUCUCAGCCAUACACAGCAGUGGCAGCUCAGGGCGAGGAGCUGGGCCACUCAAAGGAAAAGCCAGUGGGACAGAAGCUGCAGAUUUUGCCUUACCCAGUUCCCGAGGAGGCCCAGGAAAACUGAGUCCUAGAAAAGGGAUCAGUCAGACAGGGGCACCGGUGUGUGAGGAAGAUGGUGAUGCAGGCCUUGGCAUCAGACAGGGAGGGAAGGCUCCAGUUACACCUCGUGGGCGUGGGCGAAGGGGCCGUCCACCUUCUCGGACCACUGGAACCAGAGAAACGGUUGUGUCUGGUCCGUUGGGCGCAGAAGAUAUUUCACCUAGCAUGUCCCCAGAUGACAAAUCCUUCACCCGCGUUAUGCCUCGUGUGCCAGAUUCUACCAAACGGACGGAUGCCGGCUCUAGUGCUUUGCGGCGGAGUGAUUCUCCAGAGAUUCCUUUUCAGGCUGCUACUGGGUCCUCUGAUGGCUUGGAUUCCUCAUCUUCAGGAAACAGCUUUGUGGGGCUCCGUGUUGUAGCCAAGUGGUCAUCCAAUGGCUACUUUUACUCUGGGAAGAUCACCCGAGAUGUGGGAGCUGGGAAGUACAAGCUGCUCUUUGAUGAUGGGUACGAAUGUGAUGUGUUGGGCAAAGACAUUCUCCUGUGUGACCCCAUCCCCCUGGACACUGAAGUGACAGCCCUCUCAGAAGAUGAGUAUUUCAGUGCAGGAGUGGUGAAAGGACAUAGGAAGGAGUCUGGGGAGCUGUAUUACAGCAUUGAAAAAGAAGGCCAAAGGAAGUGGUAUAAACGAAUGGCAGUCAUUCUGUCCUUGGAGCAAGGAAACAGACUGAGAGAGCAAUAUGGGCUUGGCCCAUAUGAAGCUGUCACACCGCUCACGAAGGCAGCAGAUAUCAGCUUAGACAAUUUGGUGGAAGGAAAGCGGAAACGGCGCAGUAACAUUAGCUCCCCAGCCACCCCCACUGCCUCCAGUAGCAGCAGCACAACGCCCACACGUAAAGCCACAGAGAGUCCCCGUGCUUCCACCGGAGUCCCGUCAGGCAAAAGGAAACUUCCGACUUCUGAAGAGGAACGCUCCCCUGCUAAGCGAGGUCGAAAGUCUGCCACCGUGAAACCUGGAACAGUGGGGGCAGCAGAGUUUGUGAGCCCCUGUGAAACUGGAGACAACACAGGUGAGCCUUCUGUCCUGGAAGAGCCAAGAGGGCCUUUGCCCCUCAACAAGACUUUGUUUCUGGGCUAUGCCUUUCUCCUCACCAUGGCUACAACCAGUGACAAGCUGGCCAGUCGUUCUAAGCUGCUAGAUGGUCCUACAGGAAGCAGUGAAGAGGAGGAGGAAUUUUUAGAAAUUCCUCCUUUCAACAAGCAGUAUACAGAAUGCCAGCUUCGAGCAGGAGCUGGGUAUAUCCUUGAAGACUUCAAUGAAGCCCAGUGUAACACAGCCUACCAGUGUCUCCUGAUUGCGGACCAGCACUGUCGAACCCGGAAGUACUUCUUGUGCCUUGCCAGUGGCAUUCCUUGUGUGUCUCAUGUCUGGGUCCAUGACAGUUGCCAUGCUAACCAACUUCAAAACUAUCGUAAUUAUCUGCUGCCUGCUGGGUAUAGCCUUGAGGAGCAACGAAUUCUGGAUUGGCAACCCCGUGAAAACCCUUUCCAGAAUCUGAAGGUCCUCUUGGUGUCAGAUCAACAACAGAACUUCUUGGAGCUCUGGUCUGAGAUCCUUAUGACUGGAGGGGCAGCCUCUGUGAAGCAGCACCAUUCAAGUGCCCAUAACAAAGACAUUGCUUUAGGGGUAUUUGAUGUGGUGGUGACAGACCCCUCAUGCCCAGCCUCGGUGCUCAAGUGUGCUGAAGCCUUGCAACUGCCUGUGGUAUCACAAGAAUGGGUGAUCCAGUGCCUCAUUGUUGGGGAGAGAAUUGGAUUCAAGCAGCAUCCAAAAUAUAAACAUGAUUAUGUUUCUCACUAAGGAUACUUGGUCUUACUGGUUUUAUUCCCUGCUAUUGUGGAGACUGUGUUUUAAUCAGGUUUUAAGUGUGUCUUGUGUGUAAUUGUAUUCUUUGCAUGGACCUUGUAAAUAGUUUUAUUUGCUGGACUUUUAUGAUAAAAUAAAUGUUGAAUCUCUUUGGUUGUAGUAACUGGGAUGUCUUCAUCUGUUUCUUUGAGCUUAAUCUCAGAACAUGGUAAUCAUAGGAUCUUCUCGGAAGUUGUCAGCAGGCUUUUCACUUUAGCAGUACAACAAACAAAGGGAGAUAAAAUAUAAGAACGAACUUUAUUCUGUGGUAUCACUGUCAAUGUCAAAAGGUUAUUCCAGGCUACCUAAAAUGUUAUGCUUCCAAAAACAGUUUAAAGUAGGUGAGGGCCUAGGUAAACAGUAAGUAGUGCUAAAGUUGAGUGGGACUGGGGACAGCUCUAGGUAUCAAGAGUUUAUUGACAGAUGACCUGCUACUGGGAACGUGAACAUGACCAGUUGCUAAUGAAUGGACAGUGACUAUAAAUUUGCUGGGACUGUUUUCUGUAACAUAAGUAGUCAAGACUGUUGGAAGUUAUUCCUUCCUCACACUCAUCAUCAUAAUCCCUGUUAACGAACGGCUUCUCAUUCUCUAAAUAAAGCCAUCUGUCUUAUUUUUUCUAUAGUGCCAAAUAAUAAUUAGGCUUUGUGACCACACUUGUCUGUCUCAACAACUUGUCUUGCUGUGAGAUGAAAGCAAUCACAGACAAUAGCUAAAUUGAGUAUGUGUGGCUGUUUGAAUAGUUCUUUAUUUACAAAAACAAGCAGCAGGCUGUUACCCGCUAAGCCCUGCUUUUAGAGGUUAACAAGUUGGGGGUGAUCCUCCUGGAUAGUUGACAAGUACGGGCUCAGGCCUUCAUAGUGGGUGGUAGACAAUGUAGAUGAAGAGAGGACUCAGUGACUACAAACUGAGGUCCGGAUGUUUCAUUCUUGUCCAGCUUGGAGGGAAGGAUGUCAAUCAAGUGUUGUUUUGUUUAUGCUGCGGAGAUCAUUAGUAUGUUCUCCUCAGCCCAUGGUGGCUAGGCUAUCUGGCCACAAAACCUUAACUCAUGUGGCAGGUCUAAGGUGGGAAAACUGGGUUACAGUUUUCUGUUUCUAAAUCCGAACAAUUUGACCUCUAUCCUCUUUAGCCAGAACUGCCCCUUUACUAAUCUGAAAGAAUUAGAACCCACUGGCUCAAUUCUUCAGAUAAAGGAUACUAAAAUCUUAAAUUUUGGGGAAGGAUAAAGAUAAUCUGUGUAGUUAUAAACUACAAGGUACAGAAAGAGGGAGCCCACAGGCUGUCUGAAGGGUUUUCUCAUUUGGUGGUGACGUAGAAGCUGACCUGUUCAGAAGCCCGGUUCCUUCCUUACAUGAGCCAAGUCAAUGCUUACUGUGGUUACCUUCCAUAGGAAUAUAGUAACUGUUCAAUAGACCACUGUUACACAGUGAACCCACCCAGCAGAUGUCUUUAGUGUAAAGGAUCAAAGCCCUCGUGUGGUCAGCAGAGGGCUAUCAGACCCCAGCUCCCCUACAGGAAUGGUAGGAAGGAUUUUUAUACCUCUGCACUUCUUCUAGAAGACCCUUUCAGCAGUCUGCAGGCAUUUGAUGAAUGAUUUGAGACAUUUGUUACAGACCUCAGAACGUGGUAGGUCUGUUGUUUCAUUUUAUGAACCAGAGCUUUCUUUUACAUGCCAAAACUAUAAAAGAAAAAAAAAAAGUUUCAUUAAAUGCCAUGUCUUCCAAAGAAACAUGGCAAUCUGAGAUAAAGCUAACACCAUGGCAACAACACAGCUCUCUUAAGAAGCCGACUAUGACCACUGGAUGUCAGUAUUAGAUUUAAGGAAGUUUGAAAGAGAGAGCAUGGCACCACAGCCGCACUUCUGCUAGUACAUGUCAGAGCAGGCAGUGGAAGCCAGACUGCCCCCUAGAACAUAGCAGUACAUAGCCUAACACAGAACUUACCCUCAGCUGUAGUAGUUUACUAUGCUGAUGAACUUCACUAGAAAAUAAAUUCCAGUAAAAUUGAGGAACAUUAUCACCCUACCCCCAUACCCCCACCCUUUCCUGCAUCUCUGAGCCUUGCUUAUAAAAUGAGGGCAAUCUGGAGAUGAUGGCUAGAGUUGCAUUUUGGUCUUCUAUUGUUCAUUAACCCCCUCCUCCAAAUCUAGUAAGUGCCCCAUGGAUUGUUCCUACCUGCCCAGAGUCCCACCAGCCUGGGUAUAGUAUUUGUUAUAGUCUAGCCGGAGCAGUAACUGAGCCAAAUCUGAGUUGAUCUGGUGAUUCCGAACACUGGAAAGAAUCUUGAACAGGAGUGAAGACUGGCGACUAAAGCCCUGUUGAGAGACCCGAGCUGUCAGUGACCAGACAGAGUACUGGGGGGGGGGGGGGGAGGGGGGGAUCCUUUGGAAAAGCUUUGUUUAAGUGUUUGCAGAACCACCUGGCCUUCCCAUAUUCCCAUUUCUAUCAGCUCCUAAAAUGACUUCUUAGUACAUGUCGUGAAAUGCAUGACUCCCAUGAAAAUACUUUCUCGUUAGUAGAAAUUUAACAGCUCAUUUAAGAUUAAUAUAUUCCAUCACAUACUGGGAUUGCAGUGAUCUUGCUUUGUUACAAGGAGAUAAAUAUAGUCUGAGAUUAUAAUUAUAAGUGAGAUAGGAGGCUGGUUCAGGGAAGAAAGUGGGAUGUGAGAAAAUGAGCACAAAGCCAGUGCAUACUUGGUGGGCUGAAGAAACUAUUCAGGGCUGAACUAUUUCUGAACACUGUGAGGCAGCACAUUAUAAUCUCACCGAUACCAGCGCUUUUAUCUUUUUAUCUUGUCAUUUCUGUGUCUGUUCCGGAAAACGCUUUAUUGACCUGGAGCAGACUGCUUGCUCCGUAAGUGGGGGUGGAGGUAUGUGUUUUCAGUGGCUAGGCAGACUCACCUUCACGAGAAUGCUCAGCUGGGCAGCCCCACGCUCAUCCAGUGGACCUAGGUUCCGACUGACCAGUGAGCAGAAACUGUGACAGAGGUCCAGGAUUUCAUUCAGGCAGUGAAACACCUAUCCAAGAAUACAGCUGGCGUUAAGAAAUGAAGAAAUCGCUGAGAAAUGCAAGGUUUGGGAAAUAGUUUUUAACAGCUGACCUCCCAUGUCUGAUCUCAGCAGACACCACAACCUUCAAAGCUGUCUGGCCCUCCCAAGCAACAUACAGAAUGAACAUCCCUUCUUGGGACAGCUGGCUUCUCUGACUCCCUGCACAAAACCUCUGCUCUAGUCACCAUUAACUCCUCAUUCCUGAGACCCACUAAGUAUGCUCUUGCCUUUGAGCUCUGAGUGUUGUCCCCUGGGAUUCUCUUUUAGUAACAGUUCAAAGCCUCAUUCUCUGUGAACUGCUCCCUCCCUACUGCAGCCUUUAGUGAUCUCCACCCUUCUUCUGUUGUAGUAUCUGUGUUGUUCACUGGUGAUUGUCUGGGCCACCUGUGCUGUUGCUGACUUUUGUAUGUACAUGUCUUGUUGUUUUCCAACUAGAUUGUGAGCUCCUUAAGGGCAGAGCCAUGACUUAUACCUCUUUGUAUCCCCAGUGCCUUGCAUACAGUAAGCACUCAAUAAAGACUUCAAUUAUGAU